UUUAUAUAUCAAUGCCUUCUGUCAUCCCUGACAUGAAGACACACUGUGAUCAUUUAUUUUGUGGAGUUAAACAGUCAUUCAAGUCGCACGGUAUCUGAGCCAAUGAAUUUUAAGGUUUUCCUUUCCAUGAAAAUGGACGGCUGUUACCAUUUUAUUAAGAAAUUAGUUUCACGUUUAAAAGUGGAGAAUGGAAGCUUUGGGAGAUCGUCUCAAGCUGAUGGUGAAAGUCUUCAGGCGCGAGUGCCACAGGGUUUUCCACUCUGAGAGGACCACCGUUCAUGGAGCUGAUGGCAUGCUGAUGUUGCUGCAGCUAGCCAUGGCUGAAGUUAGCAAGCAGCAUGCUGGGGAGUUUAAAGUGGCCCUGAGUGAUGUCCUGAUGGCCUGGAAACACUUACUGCUGGACAAACUUCACCUGCAACCCCCCAACUUUGCACGCUUGGAGAACUAUGACCUCAUCCGGGAGGCUUACGAAUCCUCCCUGAAACGCUCCAACACCGUGGACCUGGUUGAUGUCCUCUCCAUGUACAAACAGCUGAGACUAGGGGACUCGGACCCGGGGGAACCCGUGAGCCCGAUCCAGCUGUUUGAGUUCUUACUGGGAAACGCGGAUGUCUCCGAGUUACCAGACUCUUCAGUCCCGUCCACUCCGUCUCGUAAAAGCUGUCCCUGCAGCUCACAGGUGAAAAUGGCAGUGAGGCGGGUUUUCUGCUCCUAUCUGAAUCUGCUCGUGAACGCCAAGAACAACAUGGCCGCGGCGCUGACGCUCGACGUCCCCGGCCGCGCGCUCGGCCGCCAGGCGUUUACCGAGCUAAAGCACGCCGCUCGCAACGGCAACACCUCCCUGUUCCUGGCCGCGACGUCGUUCGUGAGGGCCGUCCAGCUGGGGGGGAAGGGCUACGCGCCAGCGGAGGCCGACCCGCUGAGGAAACACGUCAAAGGCCUGACGGACUUUGUCCAGUUCCUAGACAACCUGCAGGACGUCCUGGGAGAGGUUCCUGACCCGAGCGAGUGCGCCGCCCGGCUGUUGACCGCCAUCAGGGCGGCGCUGGUGAAAGGACGCGGUGGCGAGGACGCAGUGCAUGCCGCCGCCGAGGAGGCGACGGCGGAGCUGAAGGAGCAGAUCUGCCUCCUCCACCGGCUGCAGCAACGGGCCGCCGAUGGGAGCGGCUCGGGGAUAAGCCCCGCCAGGCCAAAGGCCUACGCGGUCAACCACUGCACCGCGUACGGAGGUCGGGACACCGUGAAGGUGCUGAUGGCGCUGCUGGACGAAGAGGCGCUGGCGCCGCCGUGUCGGAACAAGGCGGACCUGCUGUCGGAGGACCAGCCCGUCCUCGGUGGAGCCGAGGGGACCUGCGUCCUCGCCCUGUUCAGAUCCCCCGAAGUGUCUACUGGGCGUUCUCCAGAACCUCUGAAGAACCGAGUGCAGAGCCGCCUGGACCUGCUCAAACCCAAGGCCAAAGAGAGAGGAAUUCGAUCGCAGUUUGCGUGCACGUACAAAGAUGAGGAGAUGCCGCUGAGCCGCGUGCUGGAGUUCCCCAGCGCCAGCCAGGUGCCCACCUGCAUCCACCCGGCCCCCAGGCACCGGACCCCCCCAGCGCCGGAGGAGGAGAGUCGCUCUGACGUGGAGGAGACGACCAAAGCCACGUCUGCCGCCGAGCGCCCAAAUCAGGAGCCCGGCGGCGUGCGGCGGGGCGCCGCUCUGGGGUCAAGGAGCGGAAACCUCGGCGCGGCCCCCGGCCGUGUGGACAAAGCCGUCCCUCGAGGACAGCGGGGGGGCGACAAGAGGAAGCAGACGGACUCCGACCGGCGCGGCGGCUCGGAGAACGAGCCCCCGGGGAAGAAACCGCUCGCCUGCGUCUCCGUCAGGGCGCCCGGCAAGAAGGUCGUCAAGGCCCCGAGCAGGAAGAAGCUGAUAGCGGGACAGGGGAAGCUAACCAGCUUCUUCAGGCUGUAACCAAAACGCCUCAUGUGGGCGCGUUCAUCGGCUCGCUCGCUGGCGGUCGGACGGUCGGUGAAGCGUUUAGAUUGUUCUCGCAUCAGGCGAAUCUAAAUGGCCGUCCUGGCUGCGCUUAAUAACAAAGAGUUCAUUAGUAAAAAGAGAAAGUUUGCUCUAAUCUAUCCGGGCUAGCGGUAGCAUGUAGCGUACAUGCAUUUUUAUUCCACAGAAUAAACAAGACAUCAUGCCGGGGGGUGUUAAUCGUGCUCCAUUCAUGUUCUCAUUUAACACUCCGCACUUAACAGAGUGAGUUUUUUAUUUAUUUAAAUUUUGGUGAACGGAAUCCUUUUAUUAAAAUUAUUUUUCAUUAACCGAGUGACUGUUCCUCACUGAUUCACCCAUUUAGUGGUGUGGAAAAUGUUGGUGGCAGCAGCAUAAUGAAUCAUUUCCAAGACACUUUUCCAUUUUAAUAAACAUUUAUUUUUCUUUUA